CUGCAUCUAGGGUUUGAUUUGCGACCAAUUUAUAUACACUCAAAGUAGGGCGGCUGAGUCGUCGUCUUCAAUUGCUGAUCGCCGACGAAUUGCAGAUCCGCGAGUACAAUGGGAGUAUUUACGUUUGUUUGCAAGGAAUCCGGCGCCGAGUGGUCGGCGAAGCAGCUGAAUGGCGAUCUCGAGGCUUCAGCAGACAGCACUUUCAACCUCCAGCGGAAGCUCGUCCAAGUGGCCCUCUCCGCUGACUCCUCCGGCGCUGUUCAGUCCAACUUCUCCUAUGUGACUCCUUCGUCGGCGGUUUUUCAGGUGGUCAUUGGUGGUGCCGUAGGCGGUGGCGCAUUUGUCGGUGGUAGCAGUGGUGGUGGUGCACCGGCAGCAUCCAGCGGUGGUGGAGCUGCUGAUGCCCCUCCUGCUGAGGAGAAGAAGGAAGAGAAAGAGGAGAGCGACGACGACAUGGGAUUCUCACUUUUCGAUUAGGUUUAUUUUCUAUGCUCUUUCCAAGUUUUGAAUCAUUGAAAAAGGUUUUGGAUUUUGGGUGUGAUUUAACCUCAUGCACUAUUUGUCCUUUGAAUUUUGGGUUUUCAAUCCACAAAUUUAUCAAUCAUUUGUGUGUGUUUUAUUUUUUUCAAUUUAUAUGAUUCAGGGUUAUGAAUGAAUUAGUAGAAUCGAUCAAAAUAUGGAUUUGUCAAAAAAAAGAUUGAAUGUAUGAGUAGUAAGUGGUAACUAACCUAAAGAACCAGGGCUGUGUUUUGUAUCUUGGAAUGUUCUUGAACAAAUGCUUGAGCACAAUAUUUUAGUGUACAGAAAACUAUUGGAAGCAUAUACAAACACAUCCUGAAGUAAAGUUAGAGAAUGAAUGAUUAAAGUAGCAGAAAGGCACACUGAAAGUUUAGGCUGUUAAGCGUUUGAAGUGCUUCUAAAAUACUGACUAAAACCUUCCAACAUUCUAAGCAGGUCCUGUAAUGUAUAAUAAUAUUAUAGUACACAGUACUGAUGGUCCAGUAGAAAUAUAUAAUAGUUAACCCUGUUUAACACUUGGAAGAACACAGGCAGAUUCAGAUUCAGAUCCAGAUCAAGAUCAAGAUCCCUCCCAUUGAAGAAUUAAAUUGUAGCCUGUUCAUUGCCCUUGAAUUUCUGUCCAAAAACAAAAUUCAAGAUUGGUUGCAGUUUGGGAUGUAAGAAUGCAGAAAACCACAAGUUUAAAGGUAACAAGAAACUCUCACCAUCUCCAUACAGCUGCUCGAACCGGGCAGCAAUGUGUUUCCCAUAAGUGUAUUUCUUUAGUGCUGGAAGAUGGUCUUUAACGAGGCCAAGCAACAUCUCCCGUUGCUCGAUGGAACAUGUAUCCAGAAUCUUCUGGACAACAUAGUUUGCGUACUGGUCUUUCAUAAGAACC